AUGGCCUCCACGCACGCCGCCAUCCGCCACGCAACACGCCAAGAUGUCCCCACAAUCCUGGGCCUCAUCCAAGAGCUCGCCGACUACGAAAAGGCCUCCUCGUCCGUAAAAGCAACCGUCGAGUCCCUCACACGCACCCUCUCCCACGCCGACCCAUCUGACCCUAGCAAUCCCGACAAGUUCUCAAAGGGCUACGCAAAGACGCUGCUGGUCACCGACCCAGAUGGCACCGUCGCCGGCAUGGCGCUUUACUUCUACAACUACAGCACAUGGACGGGUGUGCCGGGCAUCUACCUUGAGGAUCUGUUUGUCAAGGAAGCGUACAGGAAGAAGGGGUAUGGGGUGCUGCUGCUCAAGCAGCUGGCGAAGGAGGUGCUGAAGGUCGAUGGGAAGAGGCUGGAGUGGAGUUGCCUGGACUGGAAUGAACCGAGUCUGCAGUUCUAUCAAAGUGAGAAGAUUGGCGCAAGCAAGAAGCAGGAAUGGGUAGGGCUAAGAGUUGAGGGUGAUAAGCUGAAGAAACUGGCAGAGUCCUGA